AUGGUUAAAACAUAUAAAAAAGACCAUAAGCGUAAAUUUAUAGCCUUGAUCAAGAAACGUAAAGCAUAUCGUCGACAAUUGCAUAAAGAAUUUUAUAAUACUGUACAAGAUAAGGAAAAUGAUGAUCAAGGUAAUCUUGAUCGUCAAAGUAUGCUGGUUACAGAAUGUUUAAAACAACGUAAUUAUUAUAAUCAUCUUGGUAAUAAUAAAAAUCAACAAAUUAAUCAAACAAAUUCUGUAACUAAUCUUAAUUAA